AUGGCCUUCGCUGGUCUCAAGAAACAAAUCAACAAAGCUAACCAGUAUGUCACUGAAAAAAUGGGCGGUGCCGAAGGCACAAAACUUGAUCUGGACUUCGUGGAAAUGGAAAGAAAAACAGACGUAACAUGCGAGCUCGUUGAAGAGUUACAAAUAAAGACGAAAGAAUUUCUUCAACCAAAUCCUACAGCGCGAGCAAAAAUGGCUGCCGUAAAAGGCAUUAGUAAACUAAGUGGUCAAGCAAAAAGUAAUACUUAUCCUCAACCUGACGGCGUGUUGGGUGACUGUAUGCUGCAUUAUGGCAAGAAACUUGGAGAAGAUUCUAUUUUCUCACAAUGCCUAAUCGAGAUGGGUGAAGCGUUGAAACAAAUGGCAGAUGUGAAAUACUCUUUAGACGACAACAUCAAGCAGAGCUUCCUCGAACCACUCCACCAUUUGCAGACCAAAGACUUGAAAGAAGUUAUGCAUCACCGGAAGAAAUUACAGGGACGUAGGCUCGAUUUUGAUUGCAAACGACGAAGACAGGCAAAAGGCAUUUUAAAAGGCCCCUACAUGAGCCCAAGCCAUGGAUCUCCGAGGCAUGGCUCUCAUAUUCCAGACGACGAGAUCCGUCAGGCGGAAGAGAAGUUCGCUGAGUCUUUAACUUUAGCUCAGAUUGGCAUGUUCAAUCUUCUUGAUAAUGAUGUAGAGCAAGUAGCGCAAUUGUCAUUCUUCGCGGAGGGCCUUCUAGAGUACCACCAGCAAUGUACGGAGAUCCUCAAGGGACUCGUCUCUACGCUAAUGGAGAAGAAAGAAGAAGCUGUCAGUCGUCCAAAACUGGAGUUCGUACCGAAAACGUUAGCCGACCUGCACAUCGAGGGCAUCCACGACUUGAACCAUGAAGGAGGGUCCCGCGCGGGCUCGCCCGAGCACAAGCCGCCCGGCAACCUCGAGCUCUUCCCUGGCGCCAACACGCAGCGCUCUAACAAUGCGUCGCCGUUGCCGUCGCCGGUCAAGUCCCCCGCCCGGACGCCGGUGGCGCCCGCCAAGGGGCCGUGCUGCACUGCGCUGUAUGAUUUCGAGCCGGAAAACCAGGGCGAAUUGGGAUUCAAGGAAAACGACGUUAUCACGCUGAUCAACAAAGUGGACGACAACUGGUUCGAGGGCUCCGUGAACGGCAAGACUGGCUACUUCCCCAUCAGCUACGUGCAGGUCAACGUGCCGCUACCUAACAUG